CUCAAUCAGCAUCACGAAUCCCUUUGGAUUGCAGGUCUAAGCCUUUCGUCCUCCGCUCUUGGUUUUCUUCUGCCUUUCUUGGCCAUGACCGUCUGCUACUGCUUCAUCGGCUGCACGGUCACCCGGCAUUUCAGCCACCUGCGCAAGGAAGACCAGAAGAAGCGUCGUCUCCUGAAGAUCAUCACUACCUUGGUGGUGGUUUUUGCAUUCUGCUGGACGCCUUUUCAUGUGCUGAAGAGCAUGGAUGCGCUGUCAUACCUAGACCUGGCACCCACCUCGUGCGGCUUCCUAAACUUUCUGCUUCUGGCUCAUCCGUAUGCCACAUGCCUGGCGUACGUCAACAGCUGCCUCAACCCGUUCCUCUAUGCCUUCUUU